CUCUGGCAGCCGCCGCGGGAGCCCGGGAGGGGGGCGGAGGCGAGGGGAGGCGGCGGCGCGGCCAGCGCACCACUCGCUCCACCUGAUCGCGGGGCGCUGUGCGCGGAGGAAGGCGCGGGCGAGCCGGAGCCGGAGCCGGAGCGGGAGGGAGGGACGCCGCUGCUCAGCCGCCGCCGCCACCAUGUCCUACCAAGGCAAGAAGAACAUCCCGAGGAUCACGAGUGACCGUCUUCUUAUCAAGGGAGGCAGAAUCGUCAACGAUGAUCAGUCCUUUUAUGCUGAUAUUUACAUGGAAGAUGGCCUAAUCAAGCAAAUUGGAGACAAUCUGAUUGUCCCUGGAGGGGUGAAGACCAUCGAGGCCAAUGGGAAGAUGGUGAUCCCCGGCGGCAUCGAUGUCCACACUCACUUCCAGAUGCCCUACAAGGGGAUGACCACAGUGGAUGACUUCUUCCAAGGGACAAAGGCUGCCUUAGCUGGCGGCACCACCAUGAUCAUCGACCACGUGGUGCCCGAACCCGAGUCCAGCCUGACGGAGGCCUAUGAGAAGUGGCGGGAGUGGGCCGAUGGGAAGAGCUGCUGUGACUAUGCCUUGCACGUGGACAUCACCCACUGGAAUGACAGUGUGAAGCAGGAGGUGCAGAGCCUCAUCAAAGACAAAGGGGUUAACUCCUUCAUGGUUUACAUGGCCUAUAAGGAUUUGUACCAGGUGUCCAACACAGAGCUCUACGAGAUCUUCACCUGCCUGGGAGAGCUGGGAGCCAUUGCUCAGGUCCACGCUGAGAAUGGGGACAUCAUUGCCCAGGAGCAAGCCCGGAUGUUGGAAAUGGGGAUAACUGGCCCAGAAGGUCAUGUGCUGAGCAGACCAGAGGAGCUGGAAGCUGAGGCUGUGUUCCGUGCCAUCACUAUCGCCAGCCAAACCAACUGCCCUCUCUAUGUCACGAAGGUCAUGAGCAAGAGCGCGGCCGACCUCAUCUCACAAGCCAGGAAAAAAGGAAACGUGGUGUUUGGAGAGCCCAUCACUGCCAGCCUUGGCACAGAUGGAACCCAUUACUGGAGCAAGAACUGGGCCAAGGCAGCUGCAUUUGUGACAUCCCCACCUCUGAGUCCUGACCCGACCACUCCUGACUACAUCAACUCCUUGCUGGCCAGUGGGGACCUGCAGCUCUCUGGCAGUGCCCACUGCACCUUCAGCACCGCCCAGAAAGCGAUCGGGAAGGACAACUUCACAGCCAUUCCUGAAGGCACCAAUGGGGUGGAGGAGCGGAUGUCUGUCAUCUGGGACAAGGCUGUGGCCACAGGGAAAAUGGAUGAAAACCAGUUUGUGGCUGUGACGAGCACAAAUGCUGCAAAGAUCUUCAACCUGUAUCCCCGCAAGGGAAGAAUAUCUGUGGGUUCCGACAGCGACCUGGUGAUCUGGGAUCCAGAUGCUGUAAAGAUCGUCUCUGCCAAGAACCACCAGUCGGCUGCGGAGUAUAACAUCUUUGAAGGCAUGGAGCUGCGUGGGGCUCCCCUGGUGGUCAUCUGCCAGGGAAAGAUCAUGCUGGAGGAUGGCAGCCUGCACGUGACCCAGGGUGCCGGCCGCUUCACCCCCUGCAGCCCCUUCUCCGACUAUGUCUACAAGCGCAUUAAAGCCCGGAGGAAGAUGGCAGACCUGCACGCCGUCCCGAGGGGCAUGUAUGACGGCCCAGUGUUUGACCUGACCACCACGCCCAAGGGGGGCACCCCCGCAGGCUCCACCCGGGGCUCCCCCACUCGGCCGACCCCGCCUGUGAGGAACCUCCAUCAGUCGGGAUUUAGCCUGUCGGGCACCCAAGUGGAUGAAGGGGUCCGCUCGGCCAGCAAGCGCAUCGUGGCGCCCCCUGGAGGCCGUUCUAACAUCACAUCCCUGAGUUAAGCAACCCCUCCCCAGAGAGAGGGGCAGAAGCAAGAAGAGAUUGAUUUGAAGCCAACAUGGUACACCGAUAUUUAAGAAGGAGAGCGAAUCCAAACAGUUACGACCUAAAGAAUCAAUAAGCCUCAAGCCUUAUGUUUCUCCAAUGUUACGCUCGCUUGCCUAGCUUUACGAAUAUUGCUUUGUUUAUGCCUAGCCUCGAUUUGGUUGACCCCUCUCCCCCAUUUACAUGCAUGCAAUCAGACAGGCCACUAAGGUAAGGAGUCUGCUAUCUAGUGUUGAGAGCGUGUGUAGUGCUGCAUCUUAAGACAAGGGGACAGACAAAGCUGGAUGUCAGGAGACUGAACAGAAGGGACACAGUUAUUUGGGGUGAGUGGGUGGUGGGAGCCCGAGCAAAGCGGGGAGCUCAGAGGGCUGGGGUAGGGUGAAUACGGGGAGG